AUGGUACACAGAACGGACAUGCGGAGGGGCGGUAGUAUGCGCACAGUCAAAACUCGCGAAGAAAUGUACUCGCCCCCUACACAGCUACAGUCGCAUAACAGUUUAGAUGGGCAGCGCCAUAUGAACUCAUCCCAAGCGUCGGCCGAUGGCGAGGACACCACCGUGCUGAAACAAG